CCCCUAUCUCUCCUCCCCCCCACAGCCGACCCCUCCUCCCGCCGCCAGACUCCCAGGCAGCGUCUCCAUACGGAACAUCCUGCCCUUACCGGAGAGGGGGAGGAGACAGACUGGCGUGUCCCGCUAGUAAAUCUAUCAGGAAGACGAAGGCAGCGAGGAGGACCGAAGAAGCACCAGCAGAAACAGCACCUCUUUUCCCGGACCGGUGGGGGGGGAAGGAUUCUAAAACCGCCGUAUGGUCGCCGGAUCCGUGUAAAGUUUUGGACCCGGACCGCCUCGCCGCCCGGAGCGACCUGUACCGCCGGCACCAGCACCCGCUGCUCGAACCGCGUGUAGGCAGCAGCAGCACCGGGACCGGAGGCUGUGGCACCCCCACCGAGCAUGAGGCUACCCGGGCUGUUGGCGCUGCUGGCCGCGCUGCUCGCUCACGUCGCCGCGGGACAGACAUGGUCGCCUGUCGAUGACGAGGGCUCGACGGGAGACGACUUCUACGAUGACGAGGACCUCUACUCGGGAUCCGGAUCUGGAUUUCCUGAGAUCAGCAUGAGGCCCACGGCAGGGGGCGUGUCCUUCACCACGGAGGAGCCCGUCCCCUUGUCCACCACGCAGGCCACCAGCCCCGCCCCCUCUGCCGCACCCGCGGCCGAGCCCAGCCCCGACCCCGACCCGGACCCCACGUCCGCCGCCCUCAUCACCACCGUUGCAACCCCCGCCACGUCCGCCGCCGCCGCCACCUCCGCCGCUACCACCGCCGCGCUCCUGCCUACCGAGACAGACGGCGAGAGUGGUGCCUUCUGGGAGAAGGAGCUGGAGCUGGAGAAGGAGCGGGAGAAGCAGCUGGAGCGGGAACGGGAGCGGGAACGCGAGAGGGAGCGGGUCCGGGAGAUGGAGCGGGAACGCGAGAGGGAGCGUGAGAGAGAGCGGGAGCGGGAACGAGAACGUGAGCGCGAGAGGCAACGAGAGCGGGAACGAGAGCGAGAGCUGGAGCGGAUACGGGCCGCCGCCGCCGCCACCGCCCAAACCACCGCCGCGCCGAGAUCCUCACCCGCACUUCCUGCUGUGACGACAUUCCCGGAGGAGAGUGCGGCGCCCUCUGCUGGCACGGAUGACCUGAGCUCCACCCAAGAAGAAGAAGAGGAUGUCUACCUGUCGCCUGAACCCACGUCCCGUUACCCCGAUGUGGAAGCCACCACAGAGGAGGACACGCCCAUCACUACCGCCGAGCCCACGCCGGAGCCCACGACCGCCCCGCCCACCACCACCACCCUCGCCACCACCAGCACCACCACCAAGACCAGGUUCCCCUUCAGGCCCCGCGUUCCUGUGACGACCACUCGCAGGCCACCGCCGCAGAAAAGCACCCGCCCACCGCAGACGACGACGACGACACAGUCCCGUGCCGAGGAAGGCAACAACGAGCUGGCCGCCGUGGGGCCGAGCGGGGACUUUGAGAUCCGCGAAGACCAGCGCAACGACCUGGGCCGAGGACUGGCGCCGGAGGACCCGGAUCUGACGGGCAACACGGUGGACGGAGGAAGCUCGGCCGCUCAGCUGCCGCAGAAGAACAUCCUGGAGAGGAAAGAAGUCUUGAUAGCGGUCAUCGUGGGCGGCGUGGUGGGCGCCCUCUUCGCCGCCUUCCUGGUGAUGCUGCUGGUGUACCGGAUGAAGAAGAAGGACGAGGGCAGCUACACGCUGGAGGAACCCAAGCAGGCCACCGUCACCUACCAGAAGCCCGACAAGCAGGAGGAGUUUUACGCGUAACCGCCGGACCAGCCGGGAAGAUACUCCGCCACACGGCUGCCUCUUCCUUUUCCUCGGCAUCGCUCCCACGACCCCUACCACCCAACCCCACCCCACCACCUUAAACACCUCCGUCACCCUCCCCUCUCUCUCCUCCGGAGCGCCUUUCUGCGGACUUCUUUUCAUAAAAGUGGAAAAAAGGGACAAAAAAAAAAAUACAAGAAAAACGAAAUAUUCUCUCCAAAAAAAAAAAAAAACAACACAUACACAUUUUUUUGGAAGUAAAUGUUGUUAUGAAUAUUCUCUUGUUCUGUAUGUGAUAUGAUUAUUUUCUAAGAAAAAAAACAUCAAAACACACAUUUGAACAAAAAAAAAGUCCCCUUUUUGUUUUUAUGGAGCCAAAAUUAAGAGGAGAGGUGAGGGAGGGGCAGCUUUAACCGUGCCCCCCGCCCCCCCUUCACAAACAUGCACAGAGCUGGAGGUCAAAGUUCAAAGGAAAGGUGCCUUUCCGUCCUUCUGCGUAAAAACACACACACACACAAACACACACACACACACACACACACAGGUGGCUGUGACCUCUCGCUCUGUGCUCGGCCAAGCGGGAGACGGUCGCCGUGGCAACAGAGCAAGCCUGGUCUUGCCUGUCUGCUGUACAAUGAGAAGCGGGGGACGCUAAUAAUCCAUAAUAUAUCAAUGUUUUGGAGCCUAAUAAUAAUAAUAAUAAUAAUAAUACUUAAAUAAACAAGAGGAUGUGUAUUUAGCUGUUCAAAAAAAAACUUUAUAUGUAAAUAUCUGCGUAUUCUUUUCUUACCAUCACUAAUCAUCCGCAUGACUUUUUUUUUUUUUUUUUUUUCAAUUUAUCUGUCAUCACUUUAUAGAGGGGCUGUGCUCUUGUCUCACACAAACACACACAAAAACACACACAUAAACACACACACGCACGACACAGCAAUACUGUCAUGGAUCAGCUUAUUAAUUAUGGGUUUUGGUCCCACGCUCAUGUUUUGCAUGACUUUUGUCAAACGUGAGACGUCAUGAGGACGGACUUCAAAGACCUCACACUUUUUCUUUUAAGUAACGUCGGGGGCGGGGCUUGUAUGUAUUUAAAAAAAAAUUAUAAUAAUAAUAAUAAUAAUAACCACACCAGUGCGACUGGGCUAGUAGCGUCUCUUCUUAUACUCGGUACUGUAGAACUACAAAAACAUGCAUGGGACUCAAAACUAUACUAGUCUGGGUGUGUAUUAUAGUGUGUGUGUGUGCGCGGUGGUGGAGUGUGUGUUUACCUCCUCCAGCACGCUCUUCCACAGACAGGUAACGCACCUCUUCCACAUGUGUGUGUGCGUGUUUAGUGUGUUUGUUGCUCAGCUCGAGUCCACGUCCACACGACUCUGAAUGCCAGUCGAGCAUCCGACGCAGCUCCUGAGGUGUCGGGGAGCGACGUCUCCUCGAUUGUACUCUCGCACAGCUAAAGCUAGCUGGCUAAUCUGUUACACUCAGAGUUGAAUGUCUCUCUCACACACACACACACACACACACACAUAGACAUGCCGACAUUUGUCUUUCCAAACGGACACGCCGCUUCCGCACAGGCAGGAAUGAGGUUAACACAUGUUGUCUUUUUUCUAAAGUGACUGUCUGGAGUGUAAAUGUAAGCCAAAAAAAAAAAAAAAAGACUGGAAAAGCGUGUGUGUGUGUGUGUGUGUGUGUGUGUGUGUGUGAGUGUGGACGACACCACUUGUAUGUUUGCUGUUCUCAUUCCUGUUUUUUAUACAUUUGCAUUUUUUUAAAGGCUGAGUUCUCUGUCAUUGGCUGCGUGAGUGAGAGGAGGCGGAUCCUCCACGUCACCGCCCUGUCACUAAUCUGCCGCUCUGUUCCAAAUAAAAAGACCUGAUUGGCUCAUCCUGAUUUCCGCCUGGUCUUAUUUUACGUCCCGACCGCUUUUUAAAAGUACAUUUGGGAAGGGUUUCCAAUGUGCGGCACUGGAGGCAUUUACGGCACGUUCAAAAAUUUUUUAUUCAUUCAUUCAUUUUCUACCGCUUUUUCCUCACAAGGGUCACGGGGGGAGGGGGCUGGAGCCUAUCCCAGCUGUCUU